UUGUUAGCUGUGUAAAAAGUAUUCUAAAUGAUUUUCAUUUUGUUGCAUAUUGCCCGAGAAAAAUAUAUAUUUUAACACCCUGUGCAAAUUUAUUAAAGUGUAAAUGCGACACCAGCAACGUCUCGUUGAGUCGGAAUAACUGUCAGGGUGAUUAAUAUGUGCUUUUAUUGUCUUCACAUUGUCCUGUGUUGCGUCGACAGAGAUCGACCCUGAGGGGCAGAACCGCAUCCCAGACCCCGCUUGGCUUUCUUUUGUGAGGAGAAAUCGUAAUAAGGCAUAAAUAAAUACGUAAACUUUGACCCCUCUUAACAUCUGCGGCACGUGCCCAGAGCGGAUGGGUGAUUUAUUGCUGACAGUUUGAAGAGAAAUGAUUUUAAAGGAUUUCUAUAACAUCCAGUAAAUCUCAGCAGUGACUGUGGCGAACAUGAAUUUGAAUGAUGAUGAGUCUCUGUUUCUCUUUAGCUCAGAUUUCUGCACAAGAGCAGAGAGGGAGGGCGGGGGUGAUGGUGGCACGUGUCCAGAUUAAACGUAAUCUCAGCACAGGAUGCCAAACCAAGCUUCAGAUACCAUGAUCCAGUAAUUUCCCUCCCAGGUUUUCUGCUGUCUCUCGCACCUGCAUGCAUUUGCAAUGCACGCCGCCAAUGGGAACCCCACAGUAGAGCCUUUUCCUGAUGGCAUGGAGAUGAUCAUGUUUGGUAUGGGCUGUUUUUGGGGAGCAGAGAGGCGCUUUUGGAAAGUUCCUGGUGUGUUCUCUACACAGGUUGGCUACGCAGGUGGAUUCACACCUAACCCCACCUAUCAAGAGGUGUGUUCAGGUCUAACGGGACACACAGAGGUAGUCCGAGUGGUCUUCUCUCCUAAAGACGUCAGUUUAGAUAAACUUCUUAAAGUCUUCUGGGAAAGCCAUGACCCCACUCAAGGAAUGGCACAGGGAAAUGACCAUGGCACACAGUAUCGUUCAGCCAUCUACACAUACAGCCCAGAACAGCAGGAGCUGGCGAUGAUGAGCAAGCAAAUAUACCAGGAGGCCCUGACUAAGAAAGGCCUGGGUGACAUUACAACAGAGAUCCGGGAGCACACCGAUUUUUACUAUGCUGAGGAUUAUCAUCAGCAGUACCUGCACAAGGUGCCUAAAGGUUACUGUGGGUUGAAGGGCACGGGGGUCAUCUGCUCUUUUGGAGAAGAAAAAGAUGAACUUUGACUUAUGAUAUGUGGACAUUAUUGUGUACUGUUUUAAAACUGAGGAGUGCCGAUGUCUUUGAAUCUAAAGAACAAAAAAAAUUAGUUUUUGAUAUAAAUAUCUUAAAUAAAUAAUGGACAAAGAUAAAUUUUCUGUUAUCAUUUGCUCACCCUCAGGAUGUUUUGCACGUGUGUGAUUCAUCUGUGGACCACAAAAGGUGAGUUUUUGAAGAAUAUUCCAAAAGCAGAUUUUCUUUAUGUAAUGAAAGUGAUUGAUGAGUUUUUUCCUGUAAGUAUUUUUCCUGCUAUGGAAGUUUAUUGGUACCAUCAACUGUGUGGUUUCUAUAGUUUAUUUUUUAAAAUCCGUAUUUUUAUUGUAAGUUUGAAGUGAUUUCCUGCAAAUAAUUGGAAAUGCAUUUAAAAAUGCAAAUUUGAUUUAGAGUUGGAUUUGUCCCUCAAAUGGUCUUAGCGUGUUAUUAGCCUGGUUACAUUAAAGAUUUAGCAUAAUUUUCUAAAUUUUGAUAAAAAUCUAUUGCGAAAUUACGGCGUUUCCAUAAUCCGAUGUUAUGCGACUAAAACAUAAUUUGUGCAACGACUCUCGAAUCGAAUUUGUUCCACUAGGUGGCAGCACAGGUAAUAUCAUUAUACUAACUUUAAAAAUGGCAGGCUGAAUUGCAUAGUGCUUACAGUCUUAUUUGUCACUUUUAGCAAAAGAUCUGUGAAUUUCAGCUCUAUAAAUCACUAUUAGGCCUGACUAAGAAGUGUAACAGUGUUCUUGUUUAGCAUUGGUUUUGAAUACGUUAAGAUUUACUUAAAAGGUACCCCGAGACUUUAAAGACUUUAUGCUUUAAUACUUUAUAUUUGCCUUCUACUACUAAAAUUCAUUGAUAGAAACACAAUAAAUAUUUUCAUUACUUCUAAAAACCCAACAUGUAAUAAUCAUUCUAACCUAUAGAGGCCGCCAUUAUGUUUUGCGUUCUGAAUUGAUUAUGUGUAAUGGUUAUUGUGGGAUAUUACUACAGUUUACUACAGUAAAUACUAUGGUGUCUUCUAUAGUUUUUCAUGUGAGAAUUUUUCAUUUCCCACUCACACAUUCUUACCUCUUAGAUUGCCUUAAUUUUGAUCUUCUGUAAUUGGUCUUCUGUAUUAUUUUUCAUUUAUGUUUCUCUGUGAAAGGGCUGACAGAAUGAAAUACAGACCAAAUACUGCCCCCUGCUGUCGGUAUGCGUUUAACUUUCAUCUUCUGUUUCACUUUUUACUAUUUGAAGACUUGUAUAUCACCUUGUUUAUAUAACCCGCUGUACCGUUAAUCGAACAGGCUUUAUUGCAACCAUUGGAUGUUAUGUAUAGUGAUGAAAAACACUAAAUUUUAGGUUAUUAAAACGAUGACAUUUACAGUUUUUCUUUUCACAUUCAUAUUGCCAAUCCCAGUGUUAAAGGGGACAUUUCACAAGACUUUUUUUUAAGAUGUCGAAUAAAUCUUUGGUGUCCCCGGAGUACAUAUGUGAAGAGCUCAAAAUAUCAUAUAAUUUAUUAUAUCAUGUUAAAAUUUCCACUUUGUAGGUGUGAGCAAAAAUGUGCAGUUUUAGGGUGUGUCCCUUUAAAUGCAAAUGAGCUGAUCUCUACAAUAAAUGGCAGUGCUGUGGUUGGAUAGUGCAGAUUAAGGGGCGGUAGUAUCCCCUUCUGACAUCACAAGGGGUGCCAAAUUCCAAAUUGAGCAAUUUUCACAUGCUUUCAGAGAAUGGUUUACCAAAACUAAGUUACUGGGUUGAUCUUUUACACAUUUUCUAGAUUGAUAGAUGCACUGGGGACCCAAUUAUAGCACUUAAACAUGAAAAAAGUCAGAUUUUUUUAUAUGUCUCCUUUAAUCUACUAAACUAUACAUGUGUUUAUAACCGGGGUACCUUUUAAAGGAAAAGUUCACCCCAAAAUAAAAAAUGUGGCCAUAUUUUCUUCGCCGUCAAGCCAUCCUAGGUGUACAUGACUUUCUUUUUUCAGUCAAAUAAAGAGUUAUAUUAAAUAAUAUCAUUUUUUCUUUUCAUCUUUAUAAUGGCAUUAGAUACUGCCCCACUUAUAAAGCUCCAAAAAGCACAUCCAUCCAUCAAAAACUAUUGUCUUCCGAUGUGAAGCAAUUUUCUUUCUUACCACUGCCUAUUCCUAUUAAUGGUAUGUUAACUCUUUCCAUGCCAGCAUUUAAAAAAAGCCACCAGCCAGCGCCAGCAUUUUUUAAAUAAUUUUCCCAAAAGUUGAAUGCCUUGUAGAAAAUGUUCUUUAAAUAUAUAAACAUACAAUAUAUCAAAUAUUUAUUACCUCUCAAAUAUGGGUAGGUCUCUUUAAAAAUACCAAAUAUUGAGCAAAAAGCUGAGAUAAUUGCGUUUUUGUGAAA